AGAGAAGCAGGUAAGGUCAAAUGAGACACAAUAGUUAUUGCACUGAGCAGAAGAAGAAGAGUUAGGAAGAGAAAAGAAAAUGGAAGUUAAUGGAGAAGAAGAGAGAAGUAGAAGAGAAGAUGAAGAAAAGGAAGUUUAUUAUCACUCUCUUCUCAACUCUCCAUGUUCUGCCUUUCACAAAACUGUUCAAGCCAUAUUGAAGUGUCUUGGUCUUGAGUCAUCAUCAACUUCUUCAUCUUCAUCAUCAUCAUCACCAUCAGAAGAAGAAGACCCGGGAACUGAAAUCGUUCAAGAAACAGGAUUUAUGGCGAUGGUUACAAGAUUGGCAAGAAGGAGACCAAGACCACCUUAUAGCUCAGGAAGUCCUGGUCAAAUCAACUGAUUCUGAUUAACACUCUUAAAGAUUUGUGUCUGUGUUUAUGUGCGUCUUUCUUCAUGUUUACUUAUGGUCUUAAAUUCCUUACUUACAUUUUUUGUGUGUGUGUGUGAGUGGUUUGCUUUUAUUUUAUAUUUACAUGCUUAUUAAAUUAAACAAAA